UUGAUAAUGGUAAUUUAGAAGAUUGCGAGAAUUGUUGGCUAAGCUGCUGCUUUCUAGGCCGAACAUUGCACAGUGACCGAGCCGCCAGUUGAUACCGAGGAUACGUGCUGAUAAUAAGUCAAGGAAGAACAAAACCAUUAAGGGCGAGCACCUACUCUACUGAUCGUCGAGUCUGCUUAGGGUUGCGUCGCCAUGGCCGCCGCAUCUCAACUGUGGUAUGUACCUUACCGGCCGGACCUGGUCCUACUUGCCCCCUGCGACACCGAAGGCCCGCUCCUGCCCGGCCCCGGCUGCCUGUUCGUCUCCGUUGACCACCUGCACAACAACUCCAACUCCUCCACCUCCUGGCGCCACCCCCGCGCCACGGCCUUCCUCACCGCCUUCGGCGACAUCGCCACGCAGCAACCGCGUGUCGUACGCUGCGCCUGCGGUACCGCACCAUGCCGCCUGCGUGCCGUGCAGGAGGGCGGCGCGGUGCCUCAGGACCUCAUUCCCGCCGACUGGGCUACCAAGUACGAGGCACCGCCCAAGGAUGCCGUACCGGUGGCGCCUGAAAGUCGCCGCGCCUCCGCUGUGCAGCUGUGGCUGGACUGCACUGCUCGGGCGGAACGGGAGCUGCCGCGGCCCGAGGGCGCGGAGCAGCCGCCGGAGCAGGCGGUGCUGGCUGCAGCGGAGGUGAUGCUGACGGACUAUCUGAAGGGUCGCGUGUGCUUCCAGUGCAGUGUGCCCUCCACCCGCAUGCAGCGGUGCAGCAGGUGCAUGCAGGCGCGCUACUGCUCCCGGGAGUGCCAGACGGCGCACUGGCGGACAGGGCACAAGCAGCAGUGCGGGGCCGCGGCGCAGGCGGGGGCGGCCAAGGAGGAGGAGAAGGGGGCGGGCAAGGGGGCUGAGGGGACAGCGGCGGAGGCGGGGGCGCAGGCGGCGGCUGCGGAUAAGCAGGAAGGAGGAGGGCAGCAGCAGCAACAGGUGGCCACGGAGGCACGUGGCGAGGGGGGCGUGAAGGGAGAUGGGCAGCAAUAGCAGAACCAUCACGGCAGUAUCAGCGGGCGGGUGGUGUAGGAGUAACUGGGUGGUGUGGAUCGUCUGGGGCGAUCUGGGUCAGGGCUUCGUCGGGUGGGGGCUCAGGUUUUCUAGCCGUUGGUGGUGUGGCAGAGGCGGCACGCGGUUGAAUGCAGCAAGGACAAGCACGUUUGCUUGGGCGGCCGGGCGGAAUUCUCAUGGUUAUCCAUUGGGAUCAUGACUGUCGUAGCUGGUGGGUUUUUGAAAAUUUAAAGGGACUUAACAGUGGGAUGAGGCAAUGGGCCUUACAAUGCGGGAGCCUUUCGACGGAAGUUGGGAUAGACCCGAAAGUUGAGCGUAUGGGGACUAUAAAUAUGCGGCUUCAAAGCUCAGAGACUUGUCUGGGCUGAGAGAUUGUUGUCCCUUGUCGGGUUGGUGUGGGCUUGGCCUCCAAGGAACACGACGUACAGUACGCGUUCACUGGUCAAUUGCACUAUCAGUACGGUGUUUAUUGCUUACAAGUUACGUGUUCGCGUAUGCCUUCUCGUCACAUAUACGCUUGGCAAGGAACGUGUCUGAGGCCACGUCUGCCGGGUAGACGAGCGCUUCAUCUUCGGCCGCAAAAGACCGACAAAAAUUAUCUACUCGCUACUG